AUGAUAGUGAAGAGUCUCGUCCAAAAGUUCAGUAGUUCGUUCAUUCGUCCUGUGCUAGCUAAGAACAGGAUAAAUCCAAGAAAGAUGAAGAUCGAUACACCGGAAUUCAGAUCGUUAUUCACGCCACAGUUGAACAAACUAUCCGAGUUGUUCAAGGAAAACAACUAUGACUUGAGGAUAGCUGGUGGUGCGGUUCGUGAUCUGUUGAUGGGGAUACGUCCAGCAGAUGUAGACUUUGCGACCACUGCAACUCCUACGCAGAUGAAAGAGCUCUUCGACAAGGAACAGAUACGAAUGCUCCACAAGCGUGGCGAGGAACACGGAACUAUAACAUGUCGAAUGGAUGACAAGGAAAAUUUCGAAAUUACUACGUUGAGAGUGGAUUUAGUAUGCGAUGGGCGUCGCGCCGAAGUAAAGUACACCACCGACUGGCAGUUGGACGCUAAUAGAAGAGAUCUUACGAUUAACUCUCUUUUUCUGGAUCUGGAUGGUAAUGUCAUAGACUACUUCGGAGGCAUUGAAGACAUUCAGAAAAGAAGGGUUGCCUUCGUUGGUGACCCCACACAACGGAUCCAAGAAGAUUACCUUCGAAUUUUGAGAUAUUUCCGCUUCUUUGGCCGUAUUUCAUCGUCGGCCGAGCACGAGUGCGAGACAAUAAAGGCUAUUAAAGAGAAUAGUGAAGGAUUAGCGGGUGUCAGUGCAGAGCGUAUAUGGACAGAAAUGAAAAGACUAGUAAUUGGCCGCAUGGCUGAUCAUGUUAUACGGUGCAUGUUGGAUGAAUGCAAACUCCAGAAAUAUCUUGGUCUUCCUGAAGACACCAAUGUGGAUAGGUUCGCUCGAGUCUUCCGUAAGUAUGAAAUGCACUUGGAACCAAUGACAAUGAUAGCUUCAUUGUGCGAGACUCCAGAAGACAUUGAUCGUUUUCACAAGAAGGCCAAGCUUUCAAACGUCGAACGCAUUCUCGGUGAAUUCAUCGUGGGCUAUCGAAAGAGCGCCGAACAUGCCCUGUCGACAGGAGCGUUAGAUUGGUGGAAGGAUGUAAUAGUGCAAUUGGAAGUCACCCCUGGGCAUGAUAAACAGAAAGUAUCAGGCCUCUAUCAGGUUGUUCAACUUGCCAGGGCUGUUUGUGCUGAUGAAAAGUUGAUCAAAGAGCUCGAAUCGUGGACGAUACCAAUUUUUCCUGUGAAAGGGUUGGACUUAAUGGCAGUCGGUGUUGAACGAGGUCCCAAAAUGAAAUUAACUUUAACAUAUUUGUUCGAACUUUGGCAAAAGAGUCGAUACGAGAUGAGCAAGGAAGAACUAUUAACUCAUGCCCACGAUAACUACCGAAAAAGAGACGUCGCGAGGAGAGCUGACGAUUCAACCUCGUUCGAAGUGCAAGAUAGAAGAUCACUUCUUGUUUGUUCAAUGAAUGCUUACAAGGGAGGUGCACUGGUUGACUUACAGUAA